AUGCCGCCAAAGAUCGAAGUGUUGGAUGAUGUCCCACAGGAACCAAGGAAGAAUCCAUUCAGUGUAAAACCACCGAAAAAGCCCACAAUUCGUAGAGAUGCCAAAGAAAUCGAUCCAUCUUACCGCCAAAGAAAGGGGUUAAACAACCCUGAAAUUGCCUCGAAUGCACCCAUAGAUGUUCUCUUUGCAGACUUGGAGAAGAAAAUCAUGGAUAUGGCACUUGUAGAGCUCACUUUCCCCGUUUUGUGUGCCCGAUUUGGCGUCACAUUGACCGAAUCAAUCGACGCUCAGAGAUUGGAUCUUGUGGCCAAACUAUUGGACACCCUUACCCAGAUCCAAACCCUUUCAAUGAACCAGCAAAUAGGUGGGGAUUCUCUAAUUUCCAUUGCCCUUCACGAUAUCAGAACCUUCAGCACUUUAGUAAAUCUAAUCAUCAUCCAUGGAGUGUAUCCAGCCCUCACCAAAUAUCUGAUUGGGAUCCCAUUUGAGCAAAGAAGACUCAAUUCCUUCACCAAGGGAGCCACUCCCAUUAAAAUUGUCAAGAUGGAAUCUGAUCCAGAACCACUUCUCCUACUUCUUUAUCGGAAAUUUCUAGAAAUCUUCCAAUGUGAAGGGUCUGACGUUAAGGAACUUCUUCUCAGAGGCACUGGGUUCUCUGACUUCUACACCAUCACCUUAGCAUUGAUGACUAUCCCCAGUAUCAAUAGUCUGACCAAAUCUAUCGUGAAGGCACAAUACCCUCAAAUCAUAUCAAUUCCAGGGACGUUUGAACUUUUCCAAACUCUUUCCCUUCUCUUGGUAUCCCCCUCGCCAUCAUAUUUCAAGGCAUUUGCCACCAUGCAAUUACAAGUGCUUCAUUUCGACUCUCCUCAUAAAGAUGGGCUUCUUACCCUUGUAGAGUUUGUGCUUGGACUAAGAGAAAAUGAAGAGGUCAAUGUUGAAAAAUUCGAUCAUGUGGCAAAUGUAGUGUUGCUGAAACCAAAACAAAUCCCCACCGUGCAAUAUUUCCAGAGUAUUGGCCUACAAAUGUACGAUCUAUUGGUUAAUAUAAACAAGCCAGUGGUCAAUAGUUGUAUUUGUUAUGUUUUGGAGAAGCUAUGGAUGAGAAAUGAACUUGUAGUGAAGGAUUUCUUUUUAAAAUUGAUCUGGAAGAAUUUUGGAAAUCAUUUGGAGAGUACUACAAAUACUACUACUUCUACUAUUGUCUCUGAAAAAUCCUUAAAUAAUAACAUUAAUGUCCUUUUAUCACUCACAAAGAAUAAUCCAUCUCCGAGUCUACUCUCUGCCCUGUUCAAUCCAAUCCUUAUCAAUCUUUGGGCAUACUUUAAUUAUCUCAAAAGGCAAAGUAAACCAAUUGGGGUGAUUAAAAACUUGCUCGUUAGUUACUUCACCAUCAUGAAACAAGAAAAUUCAGAUGAUGGGUUGGAUACUAUUACCAAAAACAUUCUUCGUGAAGGAGGAGAUGAAUGGGAAUUUUCAAUGGGACCAAAUGAUAUGGUUGAAAUAGUCCACAAGGCACCACAAAUCGGUUCCCAGACCAAUGAAGCCAAGGUCAACACCUUCCUUAGUCAAUUGGACGUCUCUAUCGAUCUUUUCACCGAUCUUUUGACCGAUUUGGACGAUACUUUUGUUCAACUGGUGUUUACCAAAGUGUUGAAAAGAUGGUUGAAUAUUGACCAGAUGGCCACCAAUCUUGUGAGCGAUGAUGAGAAUCCAUUUUUCAAGUUGAUCGAUUUACGGAUCCUUGAAGGAUUGGGAAAUAAGUUCAAGGAGAGUCUUGCCAAGACACCAUAUGAUAUGUUGGAGAUUGUAGAUACAUUUCUUUCAUUGUAUGGGAGGAAUUCACCACAGGGAAAACAAGUACAUGACACGGAAGUCGACUCAGACGAUGACUCUGAUGAUGAAUCCGAUGAAGGAUUGGUGGAGCAAACAAUCCCAAUCCUAUUGGAAUUAUUAUCCGCCAUUCUUUCAGAAACGUCAAGUUCCGAUCUUGAUGAACCAUGUUUCAAAAUCCUUACCAAGAUCCUUCCUCGGUUGAAAUUAAUUCAAACCGGUCCCUCGGUAAAUGCUGCACAAUCUCUUUACGAAAGAAUCACUUCCCUCCUUCAGAACGACAAACAAGCACCCAAGACCACUAAGGAAUUGCAUGCAAAGACGUUGGCUAGGGCCAUCACCAGUUUAAACGAUCCCUUGGUGCCCAUAAGGGCGCACGGACUUCAUCUUCUUCGUCAAUUGAUCACCUUGAAGAGUGAAGUGAUUUCGCUUGAUUUCGUGGUUAACUUACAUUUGGUUCAACUCAAAGACCCGGAACCGUUCAUCUACUUGAACGUCAUCAAGGGGCUCCAACAGCUUAUCGAAUGGGACGAAGCCACCGUGGUCCCGAUGUAUGUUGACCUUUACACUCAGAAGGAUUUGGAUUUGGAUGAAAGACUUCGAAUCGGUGAAGUAUUACUUCGUUACAUUCAAGAAUCAGGCGAACUAUUUUCAGGGGACACUUCCAAAUGUGUUGUUGAAGGAGCGUUGAAGUUGGUAAGAAGAAGAUCAGAAGAAGAAGAACCCGUCGAUAAUAGACUCCGUAACUCGGCAAUGUCUCUUCUUGGAGUUUGUUGUAUGACUAAUCCAAUAGGAAUGGUUGACAAUCUACGUGAUGUACUCGACUGUGCUAUUGGGAUCUUGAAACAUGAAACUUCUAAAGAUGAAGCUAUCAUGAGAAGAUCAGCCAUUGUCCUUAUCCAUGAUCUUAUCAUUGGAACUUCCAAUUCAGAAGUCCUACCAUUCCCGGAAGAGUAUAGGAAAGAUGCUUGGAAUUCAUUGAAUUACGUCUACACUACAGACUCAGACUUGUUGGUUAGAGACCAGGCCAAAUCGGUCAUUGACACCAUCGAUGACUUGGUCAAACAAUCAUUCCAACAAUACGAAAUGAAUGAUCAAUACGAAAAAUUUAAAAUCAUAUAA